ACGUCUCUUUCACCUCCCUCACACAUCCCAGCCUCCACCCAUUCUCUCUAUCCACCAGACGCCCUUCCUAUUGGGCGUGCCGCUGUGAGUUGACAGAGACUGCAGGUGGAGCGAGCAUUCUACUGCAGGCCUGACAACAGGCUCUCUGGGACCUCCACUGUAGCAGCUGAUGCCCUGCGCGCCUCCCCUGACAAUCUCUUCUGACAAUUUUGGCGUCUGAUUACAGUGUCCUCAAAUGUCUGUGUGCGAUGAUGGGCUCGUGGACGUAGACUUAGGCUUCGAGCACACCAAGCACGCUCCAGAAAUCGCGGUUAUGUCGAGAAGCGCUAGUGCGGAACGAGGGUACGGAGGGUAUGGAGGGGCAAGAGGCAGGAAUGGCGGGCGGACUCGCGACACGUUGCUAGAAGAAUCGUUCUUAAUUCCGAAUUCCGGCCACGUGCGCGCCGUGCUGAUGGUCGACGGGAUUGUGUGGCACAGGGUGGACGAAUCGGCCAGCCAGGGUUGCCCCGCCACCUUCCCGUGCCAUGACUGCGGCUCGGGACAGCCAAAUGCCAGCUCAGCACCCAUCGGCGAAAUCUACGCCGUCGAAAUGCUCCCAGAGGCAUCCGUUAAGAGCAGCUUCUUUGCGAGUCCCGCUAAGAUGCAUCAAUUUGCGGUGCACACCUUCCGCCGCUCCGCCGACCGCUGGAUUCCGCUCAAGCUGGUCUUCUGCCACGUCAGCGCUGACGUGUGCCAGCAAUGGACGGACCGCAUCCUCUCGCUCCUGCGCGCCGACCCGGAGCGCCCUAGGAGCCUCCUAGUGUUCGUGAACCCUAUUGGCGGGCGCAAGAAGGGUUUAAAGACGUGGGAGGCGGUGCGACCCGUGUUCGACCGCGCGGGUGUCGCCGUGCAGGUGGUGAUAACCAGCCGUCGCAACCACGCGCGCGACAUGCUGCAGAACGCGUCGGACAAGGAGCUCUGCCAGCUCGACGGGAUCAUCGUCGUGGGCGGCGACGGGUUAUUCAACGAAGCCCUCAACGGCCUGGCGAAGCGCCGCCACCGCGCGUUCCCGUGCGUGAGACCCGCGCGCCUCUCCCUACCGCCCCCCUCUACAGUCAACCCCGGUAGAGGCAGAAGCGCGGCGGGCGGGAGGAGCGCCAGCAGCAGCAGCAGCAGUUUUUUGGGGCAGCAGCGUAGCAGCGACACGCUUUUACAGAAGGCUAGGGUUGAAAGCGGACCCCAAUGCGUUGCUCUAGAGAAGGAGGAAUGCGUAGCGGACGGAGUUAGGACGUUCAGGGACAAUGGAAUAGCAGGACGGGAUUUGGAGCAGUUGCCAGACUGGCAAGUUUCAACGACAGCAGAGAAAGAAGAGGCGGAUGAGGAGGAGGAGGAGGAGGAGGAGGAGGAGGAGGAGGAGGAGGAGGAGGAGGAGGAGGAGGAGGAGGAGGAGGAGGAGGAGGAGGAGGAGGAGGAGGAGGAGAGGCAGGAGAGGCAGGAGAGGCGGGAGAAGGGAGAAAAUGAGCUUGUAAUUGUUUCGGAUGGUGCUGCCGACGCUGCUGCAGGCUUGGACCAAGCCUGUGCCUCUGGUUUGGAGAGAAGGUUGACGCUCGGCAGGUUCUGCAGGCAGGAGAGCCAAAUGGAGGCAGAUUCACUGCAUCUGGACAGCACAGUCAAGGCAGGCGGAAUAGGAGGAGGAAAGGAGGGGGAUGAAGAGGAGGGGGGAGAAGAAAGGGGAGAGGAGAGAGAGGAGGAACGAGGAGGGGAGAGAGGGGAGGAGGGGGAGAGGGAGGGUCGGAAACGGCUGGGAAGCAAGGGGUGGCUGGCUGCUGCCGGAUUAGAUUUGUCCAGCUGGCGACAGAAUAAUGACAAGAACAUGGCCGCAUGCAGACAAGCUGACGGGCGGCUCGCUGACGUGGACUGUGAUGAUUCGCCGAGAGGCGCAGGCAUGGGUCUGGAUGCCCCUGGUCUGGAUACCCCUGCUGGUUUGGGUACCCCUGGUGUAGAUACCCCCGCUGGUUUCAAUUCUACUGGGUAUGGUUAUGACACUCCCAAAGGCUACUAUGCAACCCCCAAGGCCGGGUCGUACUAUGAGACUCCUAAACCCGGGAGUGGCGGGGGUGGCUACUAUUUCCCGACUCCCAAGGAGGGCGGGAUGAAGGGGUUCUACGACACGCCCAAGGCGCAGCAGGCUCGGCGCAGCUUCGGCCGAACCAGCUUUGAUCCGGGAGCUCGGAACGCGACUUUCUUGAUGGGGGAGGAUGGGGGGGUGGGGCUGUGCCUGCCUAGGCGGCUGAGGAUUGGGAUCAUCCCUGCUGGGUCGACCGAUUGCAUUGCCAUGAGCCUCGUUGGUUCACGGGACCCUGCCACGUCAGCACUCAACGUUGUGAUUGGUCGACGCACUCCCAUGGACGUUGUCAGGGUAUCUUCCUGGAAACCCGCUUCUUCUUCCUCUUCUUCCUCCUCUUCUCCCUCCUCCUCUUUCUCCUCCUCCUCCUCGUCCUCCUCCUUCUCAUCCUCCUCUCCCCCGACCUCUGACCCUCCUGCGCUUUCCACAUACCAACCUCCCACCUCCGAACCUAAAUCCUUGCCGAACCACCCACCCGAACCUACAAACUCAGCUUCGGGCCAAGCCGCUGUCCUAGCUUCGGCAUCUCCUCUCUCCUCCUCCACCCCUUUCUCCUCCUCCGCCCCCCCUUCCCCCUCCUCCUCCCUCUCCUCCUCCUCCUUCUCUGCCUUAUCUGAGACCUCGAUGACUCGGCUCCAGGUUGGCGCUGAUUCAGCAGCCGAGGUUGCUGAGUCAGCACAACCAGCAGGAGAAGAAGAGAGGGGAAAAGGAGGAGGAGGGGAGGAGAGAGGAGAUGUGAGUGCGGCAAAAGGGGGAGCGGCAGAAGGUUCCAGGAAGGAGCACGAGGAGCAGCAGAUGGAGUGCGAUGUUCGAUAUGCCGCAUCAUUCUUUGGCUACGGCUUCUACGGUGCGGUGACCAAGGAGAGCGAGGCUCUCAGGUGGAUGGGGCCUGCCAGAUACGACUAUGCGGGGUUCAUGACGUACAUGCGGCACAGGUCCUACGAGGCGGAGGUCUCCUUCUUCCACGUGCCGGAGCCCGACCAACCUUCGGCACCCAGAAAAAGCACCAAGCCCCAUGCGGAGAUCUGCACUGUUGGAUGCUCCGUGUGCGCCAACGGCCAGGAUCUCUCGCUGCUGGCGCGGUCCGCCCUUGGAUUCGAGGCCAUCGGCCCUUCCCAGUCUGCCGUCGGCCUGGCGGCUCUCCUUGAACCCCUCACUUCUCCUAGUGCUGUUGCAGCUGAUGGUGGUGGUGGUGCUGCUGCUGCUGCUGCUGCUUUUGUUGCCCCCCACACUGAAACUGCUUGUGAUAGGGUGGCUUCUGGUGUUGAUGCUGCUGCUGCUGCUGCUUCAGCUGAUACUGCCACUGGAGCUGCCGCUGGAGUUGCUGCUGGUGCUGCCACUGCUGGUGCUGCUAGUGCUCCCACACCCACAGAUGAUGCUGCUUCUGCUGCUGCUCCUCCUCCCACGGUUGCGGCAUUCUUUGAGUCUACUACAGACUGUUCCUAUGACGAUGGCACGACAAGUCAAUCGCCCAGCGCUGCCCACGCUGACGUGGUAGCGUCGCUGCAGCCGCUGACGUGGGACGAGGCGACACCAGGCUGGUGCACCGUGAGAGGCCGGUUCCACAGCGUGGGCGGCGCGGUGAUCUCGUGUCGCAACGAGAAGGCGCCAGAUGGUGUCGCGGCGCACGCCCACCUGGCAGAUGGAAACCUGAACCUUAUCAUGAUUCGAGAGUGCUCCCGACCCGAAUACCUCCAGCAGCUGCUGUGUCUGGCAAUCAAAGGCGCGGAUCCCCUCAACUUCCAUUUCGUUGAGCACCACAAGACCCCAGCUUUCACGUUCAAGGCAGUGGGCGAGCAGGGCUUCUGGAAUGUGGACGGCGAGCUGGUGGAGGCGAGUGAGCUGUCAGCUCAGGUGUUCCGAGGGAUGGUGGACAUGUUUGGAAGCGGACCCGAGGUGUGAGGUGUGAAGGGUGACGUGAGGUGUGAGGGGGUUGUGAGGGAGUAAUAAGGGGUGGCACAAAAUGGGAGGGUGUGGGAGGGACUUUUUAGGAUUCUCAGUGUAGGUGAGGCGUGAGGGAGUGACGGGGAGAAGAGGGAGAGUAGGAGUGAUAGUAGAGGCCAGCAGUAGGAUGAUGGAUGAAUCAUUUCUAAUUGUAUGUAAUCUUCUAACUAGGUACAUGCAAGCAUGUGAGAAUCUUGUUGCGCUAUGCUGUACUUUCUCUAUCGUGGGCCCUUACCAGACCCAAUCGUCCCAAUUUUGUGAAUCGA